GGCGACUUCAUAGAGCUUCACCGAAAGCGCCAUGGGUACCGGCUCGACCACUUCGAGCGGAAGAGGAAGAAGGGAGCCCGUGAAGUCCACGAGCUAUCAGCUUUUGCGCGAAAGGUUCUUGGUGUUAAAGCAAAGAUGUUUGCCAAGAAACGUUAUGCGGAGAAAGCGACGAUGAAGAAGACGCUUGCAGUGCAUGCAGAAUCUUCAUCCCGGCGAAAGGUAGAUGAUAAGGUUGAUGAGGGAGCCAUUCCUGCAUAUCUUUUGGAUCGUGACACAACAACACGAAUGAAGGUCCUUAGUAAUACUAUUAAGCAAAAGAGGAAGGAGAAGGCUGGAAAAUGGGAGGUCCCUCUACCAAAGGUCAGACCUGUGGCAGAAGAAGAGAUGUUUAAAGUUAUUCAAUCUGGCAAAAGCAAGAGUAAGUUUGGUAGAUGGAAGAGAAUGGUUACAAAGGCCACCUUUGUUGGACCAGGAUUCACAAGAAAGCCGCCAAAGUACGAGCGAUUUCUUCAACCAACAGGUUUGAGAUUCACAAAGGCCAAUGUGACACAUCCCGAACUGAAAUGCACCUUCAAUCUCGACAUAAUCGGGAUAAAGAAAAAUACAAAUGGUCCAAUGUACACUGCUCUUGGGGUCAUCACAAGGGGAACUAUCAUUGAGGUAAAUGUGAGUGAGCUUGGUCUUGUUACACCUGGAGGAAAAGUAGUGUGGGGAAAAUAUGCUCAAGUUACAAAUGAACCUGAGAAUGAUGGUUGUGUAAAUGCAGUUCUGCUUGUCUGACUCCAUUCCGGUGCUGUAACCAUCAGUAUUGACUCAUGUUGAGUGAUUGUACAUAUGUGAACCAUGUCAUGCAGGUAAGUUUAGCCAUCUUUCUUUGCUCUCUUGUCCAACUUUAACUUUGGUGUGGGCUACAAUAUU